AUGGCAUCGUCCCCAAGCGACGAUAUCGAGCUCGGGCCUACCAACACGUACAAGAGCAAAGACGACUUCACCUACGGCAGUUCACACAGCAUGCGCGAGGCUGCCGCGUACGAGGAGCCGAAUUCGCGCAUUGGGCGCUUCUUCGAUACCUUUCGCCGCGACCCUAACUCGACAUUCCUCCUCGCCGAGCACCAUGGCCACGACCCGGCCAUCGCGCGCCGCCAGCACAACGGCUCACACUACUACGACCUGCACCUCGCCACGCUCGAGAAUGCCCACAUCGGACUGUCGAGAAGCCUCAAGGGUAGACACUUGCAGAUGAUUGCGAUUGGCGGCUCCAUUGGCACGGGGCUGUUUGUCGUGUCUGGCAAGGCGCUCAACGCCGGCGGGCCCGCGUCGCUGCUGAUUGCAUUUGCCAUUAUCGGUGCUAUGCUAUACUCGACGUGCCAGGCACUCGGCGAGCUCGCCGUCCUUUUUCCCAUUGCAGGGUCUUUUUCAUCGUGGGCGACAAGGUUUCUCGAUCCAUCGUGGGGGUUUGCUAUGGGCUGGAACUAUGCUCUACAAUGGCUCGCUGUGUUACCGCUCGAAAUCAUUGCCGCCUCGCUCACCAUAGGCUAUUGGAAUGACAAGCUCACCAAAGCCAUCUUUGUCACCAUCUUCCUCACCACCAUUGUCCUUAUUAAUAUGUUUGGCGUCAAGGGCUAUGGCGAAGCCGAGUUUCUCUUUUCCAUUGUCAAGGUCAUUGCCGUGAUCGGCUUCAUCUCACACAUUACCCUCGGCAGCCUCCUCGGCAUUGUGCUCAACUGCGGCGGCACUCCAGACCGAGGCUACAUUGGCGGCGAAUACUGGCGUGACCCCGGCGCAUUUAAUAAUGGCUUCAAAGGCCUCUGUAGCGUCUUCGUCACCGCCGCGUUUGCCUUUACCGGGACGGAGCUUGUCGGACUUGCGGCCGCUGAGACGGCGAACCCACGCAAGUCCCUCCCCACCGCCAUCAAGCAGGUGUUUUGGCGCAUCACUCUCUUCUACAUUGUCGCCCUUACCCUCGUAGGGCUCCUCGUCCCGCACAACGACCCGCGGCUGCUCGGCGGCGACAGUAAGGCUGACGCCAAGGCAUCGCCAUUUGUCAUUGCGAUUGAAGAAGCCGGCAUUCAGAUCCUGCCCUCGGUCAUGAACGCCGUCAUCCUCGUCGCCGUGCUCUCCGUCGGCAACUCGGCCGUGUUUGGAUCCUCGCGCACCCUCGCCGCCCUCGCCAACCUGCACCAGGCCCCCAAGUUCCUCGGCUACGUCGACCGCAAGGGCCGUCCGCUCGUCGCCAUUGCCGUCGCUGGCGCCGUCGGCCUCCUCGCCUUCCUUGCCGACGCCAACUCCCAGGGCUCCGUCUUUGAUUGGCUCCUCGCCCUGUCCGGGCUCUCCUCCAUCUUUACCUGGGGCUCCAUCUGCCUCUGCCAUAUUCGCUUCCGCCGCGCCUGGCGCCUCCACGGCCGUCCCGUCAACCACCUCCCCUUCCAGUCUCAGGUCGGCGUCGUCGGCUCCUACCUCGGCCUCGCCCUCAACAUCGUCGUCGUUGUCGCCCAGUUUUGGGUCGCCGCAUUUCCCAUUGGCUGGCGCACCAUGUCGUCCGCCAAUAUUGCUCAGAACCUCUUCCUCAAAUGGAUGAGCGCGCCCAUCAUUGUCGUCUUCUACGUCCUCCACAAGGUGUACUACCGCACGCGGUACGUCCGCAUUAGAGACAUGGACGUCGACACGGGACGGCGCGACUGGAAUCUACCCGUGCUAGUAGCGCAGGAGAGGGAAGAGCGCAUGACGUGGCCGAAGUGGAAACGGUGGUACAAAUUCAUUUGCUAA